ACCUCUCUCCCUCUCUCCCCCAGCUUUUGUUUCGCCAUGCCUAGUCUAGUGGUAUCUGGAAUAAUGGAAAGAAAUGGGGGCUUUGGAGAACUAGGAUGUUUCGGGGGAAGCGCUAAGGACCGAGGGUUGCUGGAAGACGAGCGCGCCCUUCAGCUGGCUCUCGAUCAGCUCUGCCUCCUGGGUUUGGGGGAGCCCCCCGCCCCCACGGCGGGCGAGGACGGGGGAGGUGGGGGGGGCGGCGCCCCCGCGCAGCCGGCCGCCCCCCCGCAGCCGGCCCCGCCGCCGCCGCCCGCGGCGCCCCCGGCCGCCCCGCCGGCGGCCCCCGCGGCGCAGACGCCCCAGCCCCCCACCGCCCCCAAAGGGGCCAGCGACGCCAAGCUCUGCGCUCUCUACAAAGAGGCCGAGCUGCGCCUGAAGGGCAGCAGCAACACCACCGAGUGUGUCCCCGUGCCCACCUCCGAGCACGUGGCCGAGAUCGUGGGCAGGCAAGGCUGCAAGAUUAAGGCUCUGAGGGCCAAGACCAACACGUACAUCAAGACGCCCGUGCGCGGCGAGGAGCCCGUGUUCAUGGUGACCGGACGGCGGGAGGACGUGGCCACAGCCCGACGGGAGAUCAUCUCGGCGGCCGAGCACUUCUCCAUGAUCCGCGCCUCGCGCAACAAGUCCGGCGCCGCCUUCGGCGUGGCUCCCGCCCUGCCCGGCCAGGUGACCAUUCGCGUGCGGGUGCCCUACCGCGUGGUGGGGCUGGUGGUGGGCCCCAAGGGGGCCACCAUCAAGCGCAUCCAGCAGCAGACCAACACGUACAUCAUCACGCCAAGCCGCGACCGCGACCCGGUGUUCGAGAUCACGGGGGCGCCGGGGAACGUGGAGCGCGCGCGCGAGGAGAUCGAGACGCACAUCGCGGUGCGCACCGGCAAGAUCCUCGAGUACAACAACGAGAACGACUUCCUGGCGGGGAGCCCCGACGCCGGGCUGGACAGCCGCUACUCCGAGGCCUGGCGGGUGCACCCACCCGGCUGCAAGCCGCUCUCCACCUUCCGCCAGAACAGCCUGGGCUGCAUCGGCGACUGCGCCGUGGACUCGGGCUUCGAGGCGCCGCGCCUGGGCGAGCAGGGCGGGGACUUCGGCUACGGCGGCUACCUGUUCCCGGGCUACGGCGUGGGCAAGCAGGACGUGUACUACGGCGUGGCCGAGACCAGCCCCCCGCUCUGGGCGGGCCAGGAGAACGCCACGCCCACCUCGGUGCUCUUCUCCUCCGCCUCCUCGUCGUCGUCCUCGUCCGCCAAGGCCCGCGCUGCGCCCCCGGGGGCGCACCGCUCCCCCGCCGCCUCCGCGGGGCCGGAGCUGGCCGGCCUGCCCAGACGCCCGCCGGGGGAGCCGCUGCAGGGCUUCUCCAAACUGGGCGGCGGCCUGCGGAGCCCCGGCGGCGGGCGGGACUGCAUGGUGUGCUUUGAGAGCGAGGUGACCGCCGCCCUGGUCCCCUGCGGACACAACCUCUUCUGCAUGGAGUGCGCAGUACGCAUCUGCGAGAGGACGGACCCGGAGUGUCCCGUCUGCCACAUCACAGCCACGCAAGCCAUCCGAAUAUUCUCCUAAGCCCCCUGCGG